UUGAGAUCCUAGUAAGACUGGUGCUUCCCAUCUGGCAACGCUGUGGCCACAUCAUGUCGUCAACAGAGAACAGUAAUGCUAAACUCAAUUCCUUCCACUGAUUUGAGUUUGGUUUUACGAGUCACUCACUCAAAGGAAUCGGGUACUCAAGUUACAUGUGCAGAAGUCGCGUAUUCAGAGCAAGUUUUUUACACCAUGACGAGUUUUGAACGACUCGUUCAUGACUCGCCCCUCCCAACAACACCUGUGGACCAGGAAGUACACGACUGGAAGCAACGCUCUCUUCACACCUUAUACACCGUUAGACUGAUGAAAGUCAUUCGUAGAUAUGUCCUCAAAUUCUUUGAAUGCUGUGCUGGUGUUCUUGAUACUGAGUGGAAACCGAGUGGGUCUGGCUGUGCUCAACGCCCCAAGAAAUGUCCGUCUAACUUCCAUGAACAUGAAUUUGGUGCUGAGAUGGGAUUCACCUGAGGAUAAUACAAGUGGCAUUCUGUACACCACUGAGUACAAGACCUCUGUCGCAAUGUACCAUGUGGGUUGUGUCAACAUUUCAACCCUUGAAUGUGACUUCAGCAGCCUUAACAUCCCCCUCAGUUUGUAUGGAAGGUAUACAGGCAGAGUGUGCGCACGACGAGGGAUGGAUAUCUCUCCUUGGGUGGAAAGUAAUAAUAUUACCAUGGACAAUGAUUCCAUAAUUGGGUCACCCAAUGUCGUGCUGUUUUCCAAUGGGGCUACAAUUGAAAUUGCCAUUAAAGAUCCAGCGUUUGCAGUCUCAGAACUCAGGGAUGUCUACAGCAGUGCUACUUACAACGUCACUUACUGGAAAGAUGGCCGGAACGAAAAGGCAAUAAGCAUAAUCAAUGUACUGCAAAACAGAGUGGUUUUGAACAAACUGGACCCCUGGACGAAGUAUUGUGUUAAGGUCCAAAUCAAUGCAGAGGGGAACUCCAAGGUCAGCAAACCAAGCAGUACUGUUUGUGAGAGCACCACCACUGAAGCGGCAUCUCCAUGGGUGCCAGCAGUGGUCACGUUUUUCAUCAUGACCUUGACAGCAACUCUCGUGGGGAUUGCAGUGGUUUAUAGAAAAAUUAUUUCCCAUCUUCUUUGUCCACAAGAUGCUCUGCCUUCGCCUCUAUUGGCAACCUCCAACUCGUCCCACGACUGGGACAUGCAGAUCUCUCCCAAUCCUGAGGAGAUGUACAACUCAGUCAGAGUCAUUGCAGUUCAGUAGUCUAUGAAGUAAAAGGGAGGCCUUGGAGGAAGUGAUGACCAUCUUCUGCAGGAAGCGUGAUCCUAAAGUACCAUCCUUGUGAUAUGAUAUAUAGCGACUCAAGGGACCACUAAAAAACCUUCUGCACACCUAUCAAGACAAAGCAGCAAACCAUUUCCACCCCUAAAAAGCUGAAGUCUGCAGUGUGGGAACAUGUUGGUACUUAAAAAAGGACCAGGGAGUCAUUGACGUCAAUGGCUGACCCAUUUGCAAAACUUGCCAAAAGGAAGUUGCUGCUAAAGAGUCUAAUACGUCCAAUAUGGUGCAUUACACGCCAAAGUAAAGGAAAUACAUAAUAACUGAGUUAAUUUAUGUAAAUGGAAAGUUACUUCAAGAAGAAUUGAGUUGGUAAAGAGUUAAAUAUAAACAUGGUACAUGUCACUUACGAUCAGUAUCUAAGUGUUGAGUCAGUGUAAACAAACAGCAACAGGUACUCCUGUCAAAAGCCUUCAUUCAGUGGCCAUUUAAUGUUAGAGAUUACUUCUUCCUAUCUGUGUUGAAUAAACUAUAUGCAUUAUAAAUGAAUAUAGCAAGUGUAAAACACUAACCUAACAUAACAUCAGUUUGUACAAUACCAGCAGUAUAACAUGGGAUCUAAUUAUGUGCAUUUCAGUUAUUAUUACCACAGCAUUAAAUGUUUAUAUUUAAAAAGGAACAAAUAGGCGUUGAUGACAUACAACACUUGGGUUUAUUACUACUCACAUGAGUAACAUUUCCCCCUGGGGAUUAAUAAAGUGUAUUUUAUAUUAAUUGAUCAAUUUAUUAUAAUAAUAGUUGUUGUUUUUACUUUUUAUUUUGUACUGUUAUUAUAUUAAUAAUUACUGUAUGGUUAUUUAUGUUAAUAAAUAACACAUUAAAAUCUCUAGAAAUGUCUGUGAUUUGAUGUAUUUUUUGUUGUGAAAUUAAUUAAUGAAUAAUAAACGAAAAGCCAAGAUUAUUACUCAGACUAUAAUGGUAAAGUCAAAAUCUAUAAUCGCUGCAUCCCUUAGUUAGUUGUGUAGUUGAUGUUUUACAUUUCUUCUGCUUUUUGCUGUCUUUUGCAUUUUCACCUGUGGUUGACUUGACUGCCCCCCUCCAUGCCAGUGCUCCUUAUUUUUGAUACUCUGCUUGCACAUUGCCAGCCUUCUCUGCAUCCUGGGAUCACAGCAACAACUGCAACCAUGCGCCACCAUGAAGAGAUCAUUAUGCAAGGCUGACUUUCAAAACACUCAGCAACCAAAACCAAAUAGCGAAUGUGACAAUAACUGCUUUUUUUUAAUUUUCACGUACCACUAGACAGAGCCCGUGUACCACUAGUGGUAUGUGUACCACAGUUUGAGAAUCACUGAUUUACAUAUUUUUCCAUCUUCAUUCAUCCAUCCAUCCAAGUUUACACACACUCAUUUAAAUUGUGUGAUUACAAAUAUGGUUUUGUUCGCCUAAAAUCUGUUUGCCCUUUUUUAUUCUUGUUAUAUUAAUCAUAAAGCUGACCCAUUUUAGCUGUUCAAGUGAGUGGAAUCUUAUCUGAUCAAUAGAAAACAGUACCGUGGUUGAUGGAGUGAAGUCAUCUCUUACAAACUGUCCCGCAAGGAUCAAUUCUGAGGGCCAGUAUUUUUUGUAUAUCGAUGACCUCCUAAAAUCUGCGAGGAAGUGGACAUUCUACACCGACAACGUGAUGAUUCCGACAAAUGGCAAAAAUGAAGAAGCUGCUGCUAUACUCUCUUUAGCUCUCAAACACACACACACACACACACACACACACUGUAAUAGAAUCUCACUGUAUAGGGAUGGCCCUGCUCGUACUGUAACUCUGCCCCUUAAAAGCAGUAAAAAAUAAAAUGUUUUUUUUUUUUUAUUCUUGUGGUAAAUAUUAGAUACAUUGUGUUGACAAGCUUAUGAGAUGCAAUGCAAGGGUAAACCAGUGUGACAUUUUUUUUUAAUGAGUGAUAACAGUGACUUGUUUGCUAGUUGUUUAAUGGUUUUAAUCACUGUUGGUAUUCUUAUUCUUCUUGAUAUUGUCAUUGAUAUUAUUCAUUUUUGUUUGACCUUUUUGAUUUUGUUUUACUUCUCAAUUGGUCUGUGGAUUGCUAUUUGGAGGGAUUGGUUUGGAAUUGUAUUAUUAUUGUUUAUUAUUUUGUUGGACUGAUUGAUAUUCU